CCCCCGGCCGCAGCGAAACGCCGGCUCCGCCUCCCCAAAGGACCCCAACCACUGUUCUUCUUCCCGCCGCGCCGCCACCCCACCAAUCCCCUCUCCCCUCCUCCCUCCAAGGCUCCCAAUCCCCGCUAUUUCCCGCACCGGAAUCCCACCCGAUCCCCCGCAGAGUCUCCGUGAUUCACCGCGCUCCUCUCCGUGGCGCGCUCCCCUCUCUCGCCGCGGCAGAAUCGUUCACCCAUCCCAAUCCGAACCGUUUUUUCUCUCUCUCUCUCUCUCUCUCUCUCGGACCGAGCAUGAGCAUGGCGUUCUCCUGCGCGGGCGCGCGCCUCCACGGCCGCACCGGCGUCGGCGGCGCCAAAUGCCGUCCCGGCGCCGCGGCCCUGCUCGGCCGGCGGGGCAGCUCCUGCUUCCCCGCGACCGCCCGGAGGUGGAGCACCGCCUUCCCCAGGGGAAUCCGCGCCGACCUCCCGCCGCCGCGGGCGAGCGCGGAUGGCGGCGGCGCCACCUCCGGCCCGGCGGCAGUCGCUGUCCCCGAAGCGGGGGACGCUACUGAGCAGGUGGCCGCCGCGGUUGCCCAACCUGCUGUUGUGCUCCCGGAGAGGCUUGACGUCGAUGAUGGGGCUGGUGGGAACGGCAAGCUCCCGCCCGCCGCCGGCGGCGGUGGUGGCGGUGGAGGUGGGGACGGGGAGAAUGGCGGCGGGGGUGAUGGUGACGAGGGGGAGGAUGAGUUCGGGCCCAUCCUCAGCUUCGACCAGGUGGUCCAGGAGGCCGAGAAGCGCGGGGUUAGCCUGCCCAGUUUGCCCGCGGACAUGGUUGAGGCGGCCAAGAGCGUUGGGAUUCAGAAACUGCUGCUGCUGAGAUACCUGGACAUGCAGGCGUCGGCGUGGCCCUUGGGACCUGCGAUUAGGUCCUGCUCGCUUCUCCGGAAUAGGAUGCUGGUUGAUCCUGCAUUCCUCUUCAAAAUCGGCACUGAGAUAGUUAUAGAUACGUGUUGUGCGACAUUUGCUGAGGUUCAGAAGAGAGGGGAGGAGUUUUGGUCAGAGUUUGAGCUGUAUGCAGCAGAUAUGUUGGUAGGAGUAGUUGUUAAUGUAGCUUUAGUCGGCAUGUUAGCGCCAUAUGCUAGAUUUGGUAGCAGAUCUGCACCAGAAGGUCUCCUUGGGCGCGUUAGGCAUGCUUAUGAUGCCCUCCCAAGCAGCGUUUUUGAAGCUGAAAGACCAGGAUACAAAUUUUCUGUGCAGCAACGGAUAGGAACAUACUUUUUCAAGGGAAUAUUGUAUGGUUCUGUUGGAUUCUUUUGUGGUCUUGUGGGACAAGGGAUUGCUAAUUUGAUAAUGACAGCCAAACGGAGUGUUAAGAAGUCAGAGGAUGAUGUACCUGUUCCACCUCUUCUCAAGACUUCUGCUUUGUGGGGUGCAUUCCUUGCUGUUUCUUCCAACACACGGUACCAGAUUAUUAAUGGAUUAGAGCGCCUGGUUGAGGCUUCACCUGUUGCGAAGCGUGUCCCAGCUGCUUCUUUGGCAUUCACUGUUGGUGUGCGGUUUGCCAAUAACGUGUAUGGAGGAAUGCAGUUUGUUGACUGGGCAAGAAUGAGUGGUUGCCAAUGAGGUGCGAGCUUUCAUUUUCAUGAUGCUUCUUGUUGCAGUCACCAUUCACUGUGAUGCCGUAUUGCUGUUGCUUGCUGUCUGCUAUUUGUUAUUCCACCGAAAUUCGUCGAAUUUUCAUCAUGACAAAGUCAAAGAUGUGGUAUAAAUAUCUUGGGGGCAGAAGAUCUAAAAAAUAAAUGUGGAGGUUUCUCAGAGAUUGAGGAGUUUAGCAUUAGGAGUGCUUAGGGCAGGGUAGAACCUGAAGAGAUUGAAGUACUUGUUUUGUUGUUCAAGAUAUCACCCUCUUGAUUUGGAUAGUUGAGUCUCCUAGAUAUACUUUAUUAAAUUGCUGUCUCCAUAUUCUGAUAUGUUAUCUGGACUAUUUUGAAAGUCCACUAUCUUGCCACUUAAUAUUUCUUAGUUUUUAUGGUGCAA